UGAGUAUAAAAACGAAUUUACGAUUUCAUCCUUCCUAUUCCGAAUUCCAGAGAGCAAUAUAUUCGUUCCGUUCCUUCUUUCUCCGCUCCUCACUUGGCUCUCUCAUUCUCCAUUCUCACUUCUCAAAUUGAAUCGAACGAAUUCACAAACCCUAGUUUUCGAGGAUGGGUCAGAUCCAGUACUCCGAGAAGUACUUCGAUGACACUUACGAAUAUAGACAUGUGGUUCUUCCUCCUGAAGUCGCAAAACUGCUUCCCAAGAAUCGUCUUCUCUCCGAAAAUGAGUGGCGGGCAAUUGGGGUUCAGCAGAGCCGUGGCUGGGUUCAUUAUGCAAUUCAUCGCCCUGAGCCACACAUAAUGCUCUUCAGGAGGCCUUUGAAUUAUCAGCAGCAGCAGGAAAACCAGGCCCAGCAAAGCAUGCUUGUCAAAUGAACACUAUCUAUGCAAAUCUGAAAGUGGGAUUACAAUGUUAUAUAGGUUUUAAUUUUGUUGGUAAUAUGGAUGUUAUGAAGAAUGAAGAACCCUGGUGGAAUUCUCUUUUUGUGGAGAAUUUUCAUGUGGUUUCAACUGUCAUUUUAAUGUGUUGUUGACAUGAUGAUGUGUCAUGGAUUUUUAUUGGUGUACCUCUCGUGUACUCUUAUGCUCGGUGGAUUAUAUAAUAGUCAUUAUCGGUUAAAUUCUUCUAUGA